CCCCUUAGUUGGAAUUCACCCCCCUCCCAAUAUCUGAAGUAUAAAGCACGCGCUGCUACGGCAGCUUAAUCAGUGACCUUGUCUUCCAAGAGACUGUUCGCAAAACACCAGAAGUUUUGCUAUGUCAUCUAGUUGAAUUCAAUAGGAAAGAGUCGGUUACAAUGACUAAUUCUUUAUACAACGUGUUUCUUCGGCGUGUAAUAUUUCUUACAACGUUUUGGUUUGUGGUCACGAUCUUUCUGAUCGCUUCAGUAGAUGGACAAUGGUAUCGAUAUUUCCAUCAUCGAAGCUACUUGUCUCCCGCUCGACGAAUGGUUCUUCGGCGGCGUCCCCGUGCAAUACCAGAAGGUGCGAUUCGCCUGAUUGGAGGACAUAGAGCGAAUCAAGGAAACGUGCAGAUAUACCAUGUUGGCCGCUGGGGAUCUAUAUGUGAUGACGAAUGGGAUCAAAGGGAAGCGAAUAUUGUCUGUCGUUUGCUAGGUUACUCUGCAGCGGAGACCCCUACCGGGGACUCUCUUUUUGGACGUGCUUCAUCGUCUUUGAUAUGGAUGGAUAACUUGUACUGUACCGGAAAUGAAAAGAGGUUACAGGACUGCCCGUUUGAUGGCUGGGGUAAACAUGACUGCAGUCCAUCAGAGGUCGCUGGUGUUGUAUGCCAAAAAAAAGAUCUACAUCAUAAUUCUGCCUCAUCAAGCUCUACUGAUAAAGAAGCAUCGGCUAUAAUUCAGCCAGUUCGUCUUAAAGAAAACAACUUUUCGCUUCGGCUCGUUGGAGGGCGCUCGCCAUCAGAAGGGCGAGUCGAAGUCAAAGUUCCAGGGACUGAGUGGGGACUAGUGUGUGGAGAUGGUUGGGAGACACUAGAGGCUGGAGUAGUUUGCAAACAGCUAGGCCUAGGAUUUGCCAAAGCAGCUAUUCAGAGUUCCUCUUUCGGAGGACAACGUAGCCAAAUGAUCCUCAGUGGGGUGAAAUGUAGAGGAGACGAAAAAACACUAGCAUCUUGUCGUCAUGACAACGUAGGUGCUGUUGAUUGUCCAGGAAGGGAUAGCAAUUUUGCUGGCGUUAUUUGUGCAAAAGCUAUGCCUGACCUCGUACCAGACGAGAAGGAGAUUGAACGGUCGUCAUAUCUGGAAGAAAAGGAACUCCUGUAUUUGCAAUGCGCAAUGGAAGAAAAUUGUCUUUCUAGUUCUGCAUAUCGGCUACAGAAGGAGAAAAGAUACGGAUACUUGUUUGAGAAGAGAAAAUUGCUGAGAUUUACUGCGAGGAUUGGAAACGUUGGUACUGCCGAUUUUCGACCGUUUUUACCGAAGCAUGCAUGGGAGUGGCAUUCUUGUCACCUUCACUAUCAUAGCAUGGAAGUUUUUGCACAUUUUGACGUCAUUGAUAUGCAGGGCAACAAAGUAGCCGAGGGGCAUAAGGCAAGUUUCUGCCUGGAAGACAACUACUGUAGACAAGGGGCACAGAAGAAAUACGCAUGCGUAAACUACGGUGACCAGGGCAUCUCCGUGGGUUGCACUGACACUUAUCUGCAUAAUAUCGAUUGUCAAUGGGUGGACUUGACGGACUUGAUUCCAGGGAAUUAUUAUUUCAAAAUAUCUGUGAAUCCUGAGUUCAAGGUACCCGAGAUGAGUUUCGACAACAAUGCUGCCAGAUGUAACCUAAGUUAUGACAGCGUUACCGCCAAAAUUUGGAACUGCACCUUGGGCAAACCCUGAAGCUUGCCACCACGAUCAAUAUCGUUGUUUUUCUAGUUCAGCGAGAAGCGGGACAAAAACAACAACAAAAAACCACCAACAACAACAACUAGAAAAAAAAUUAAUUUUUGAAUUUUAAUUAUAGGUUCCAUUUCUGUGGAGUAACAUAUAACAGUGUAUGAAUUUUGUGUUAAUAGUUAUGUUUGUCGUCAGAAUUAUAAUAUAGUAACACAUGAUAUCAGUAAUUUUGCCACUCUAGUUUCAUAAGCUGUAGUGUUUGUGGUUUGUAAUGUUUGUGAAUUGAAACAGUUCGACCUAAAAUGAAAUAACAAAAUUUUCGUUGAAAAUUAUUAAACAAAAUUGCGAUAGAUUUUUAUCUGUAGAUGGAUACAAGUUUCGACUGAAGUGCCCUCUUCAGUCCAACUUUUUGUUUGUUUGUCUGAAAGUGUAACAUUUACAAAUGCUGCUCUAUUUUGUAAAGCAAUAUAUAUAUAUAUAUAUAUAUAUUACUUGAAUAGCACGUAAUGACACGUUGCGUUAAGAUGUAAAACUAAUUUUGUGGAUAAAAUAAUAAUUUAUGCUAGUCUUGACAUGAAUAUAUUUGUACGGUAGUCAUUAAACAUGGAGUGAGGGAAGUGAAAAAAAAAGCAUAUAUUAUAUGUAUCUAUGUUUGGAGAGUUAUAUAUCAGAAUAUAAUGAAUAAAUUUUUAUUUCACGCUCGCAUGGAUAUGUGUAAGUGCUUUUUGAUUCAACAUGCAUCUGUGUAUGA